GUGCGAGCAGGGAGCGAUAGACAGAGUGCAGGCACACAGAGCUCAGAGCAUGUCGCCUCCUGUUGCUGCACCUCACUGUGGGAUCUGCUGUCGACCUUUCAGACUGUACACAUGAACGCAGAAAGCUUUUUUUACGCGUUUACUCGCUAUGUGCGACCCGGUGGUUUGGCGGAGUGAAGCAGCACAGCGUCUGCUCUGAGUCUGGAGGGGAAAACCAGGCUUGUCUUUGCGGGGAUAUUUUGACACAACUUGGCAGACAAGUCGCUUGCUGCUGCUGGAGGUGGUGGUUUGUUCCGAGCUGUUUACAGAGAAAGUGUGAAACAAGUGUCAAGAAGAGAGCAACAGAUGUUUUUCGUGGAUAUGCGGCCGGCUGAGGAAUGAGAGCAGCAGCGAGGCACCGGCGGCCCUUCCAGCGGUUCUGCUGCUGUGGAGUCGGGCUGGUCGCCGUCAUUUGGCUCGCUCAAGUCAUCCAGGCACCAGAGACGGAGUCUUCUGGGUUUCAGCCAGGCUUGAACGAUGGUACGCUGCGAUGGACUCGCAGGCUGAUGCAGGAGAAGUCAGACAACCAGAGCCUGGAUCAGCCCCGAGCUGCCAUCCAUGAAUUUCCAGAGGACAUCUUUACCAAGGAGCAGAGGAAGAAGGGGGCUGUGUUUCUGCAUGCACUCUGUGCCAUCUACAUGUUCUACGCUCUGGCCAUCAUCUGUGACGACUACUUUGUCCCCUCCCUUGAGAAAAUAUCUGAGAACCUGCAGCUCAGUGAAGAUGUGGCCGGAGCGACAUUUAUGGCAGCAGGAAGCUCUGCUCCAGAGCUUUUCACCUCUCUCAUUGGUGUCUUCAUCACUAAAGGAGACGUCGGAGUCGGCACAAUUGUUGGCUCGGCUGUCUUCAACAUCCUGGUCAUCAUCGGCCUGAGUGGGAUCUUUGCAGGCCAGACUGUGGUUCUGACAUGGUGGUCCCUUUUCAGAGAUUCCUCCUACUACAUCCUCUCUGUACUGACUCUCAUCAUGGUUAUCUAUGAUGCCACAGUUGUCUGGUGGGAGUCCUUGCUCCUCAUGACCAUGUAUGGAAUCUACAUUAUAAUCAUGAAGUUCAACUCCCAAAUUCGGGCAUUUGUGACGCGUCAGCUCAGGAGCGCCAGGCCGUGCUGCCCCGGAUCAGAGGAUCACAGAGACGACAAAAUGGGAGAGGAUGCCUCCGCUUGCAACACCUCCAUGGUUCUUCUCAACAAAGGCCAAGCCAAUGGUCAGGAGCCUCCUCCAGUCAUCAUGGUGGAUGAGCUUCUCAUCCUCAACCCUCACAAACUGUCCUUCUCUGAGGCUGGCCUGCGUAUCAUGAUCACCCCCCACUUCUCCCCCCGCACCAGGCUCUCCAUGGCAGGACGCGUGCUCAUCAGUGAGAGACAGCGGCUGAUCCAGAGUUCGAACAACCAGCGGGACGGUGAGGCCGGCCCCGGGUCACGAGGGGGAUCAAACAGCAACAGCCUGAAGAGGACGGGCUCCUGCAGUCUGGAGAACGGAGGCAGGGGAUCCGGGAUAGGAGACGCAGAUUCAGGAGACAAGCUAGGGGUCGAGGUGUGCCAGCCAAAGGAGGAGGAGGAUGAUGAAGAUGGGAUUUUCAGUCCUGUGCGCAUACCAGGUAGCUGCUGUGCGCGGGUGAAGUGGGUGAUUUCGUGGCCUCUGGGCCUCCUGCUUUAUUGCACCGUGCCUAACUGUAUUCUGCCACGUUGGCACCGCUGGUUCAUGGUCACGUUUGUGGCCUCCACCCUGUGGAUCGCCAUCUUCUCCUACCUCAUGGUGUGGAUGGUCACCAUCAUCAGCUUCACACUAGACAUCCCAGACUACAUCAUGGGCAUAACCUUCCUGGCAGCAGGGACCAGCGUGCCAGACUGCAUGGCAAGUCUGAUUGUAGCUCGACAAGGCAUGGGGGACAUGGCAGUGUCUAACUCCAUAGGCAGCAAUAUCUUUGACAUCCUGCUGGGUUUGGGUUUCCCCUGGGCUUUGCGUACCCUUGUGGUGGACCAUGGAUCAUCAGUCUCUAUAAAUAAUAAAGGACUGGUGUAUUCUGUCAUCCUGCUGCUGGCAUCUGUGUUUCUGACGGUGAUGAGUGUUCAUCUGAACCACUGGAGGCUGGAUCGCCGGCUGGGUCUGGGUCUGAUGUUUCUCUAUGCCAUCUUCCUGCUCUGCUCCAUCCUCUUCGGGCAGAUGUGAGGCCUUAAGGUCAAAGGUCAACCCUGUCAGACAACAUGCUGAGUACCUACCUUUUUACCACACAUCCUCUUUCCUGAAGCCAAAAAAAAAGAGUGACAGCGUUGUCGUGUUUGUUUCUGUGCACCUCUAUAGGAUUCGCUAGGGUGAUACUGUACACUUGGCAACUACACAAACACACGCUGAAGUCUUUUAUCAAUAGCACACUUUCUUUCUCCUUUUCGUACAGUGCAGUGUUUGAAAGCAGUCGGUCAUUUAAGUAUCAAAUUGGGUGACUUAACAAAAAAUGUAAUGACAUGGCAGAUGGAAGCAGCAUGUAGGUUGUUGCAGAGUGUUGUGGCGCGCUAAUAUUUUGAUGAUAAUUAUAUACUGUAACUGAGCUUUCCACCCCGUAACAACUAUAUGACUAAUAUAUGACAGUUAAUCUCCUGGCCUUUUCUACUGACAUUCUUUGCCAAAAACAAAAAAGUUUUGAGAAGUCACCCACCACUAAAAGUAAAAAACUAGUUUAGUUAGCUUACCAGCCAACUGGCUAACACGCUACAAAUUUAAACUGCUUCCACUUGAUAAUUACUUUUUGAAUGAAUGAUGUGUUAUCACUAUUUCAAUAAAGCAAUAAGCCAUUAGAAGUUCAAAUAUACAUUCAUUUUACAGGCUCAGUUUUAAUCGUAUAGUUUUAGUAGUCUAAAAACACACCUUUUACUUGUUCACAAACGUAGAUUACCCUCAUCACAUUACCUGCUAAUAUCCCAUGCAGUGAGCAUUAUUGAAACAAGGGUAUCAUCCUUUUGGGGACUGUUGCUUCCUGUCUACUGUUUUAUUUAUUUAUUUAUAUUUUUAAUGUUCUGAAAGCUGCUGCAGCGGACCAAUUAAUUACAGGAUAAUUAGCUAAUUUCUUCAACAACACAGCAAACAAAAGUUAUUUAUAAUAGAGAGUAAGUUUAUUAGUCUGCAUUUUCUCUGCUGCUGUAUCCACAGAUUGUCUCCCCAUCAGUUUCUGUUCGUGAGGAGUGUUCAAUAGUGUAUGUUUCUGGCAAAACUACUCAAACCGUUUGAGCAGGAUAUGUACAGGUUGCAGACAGCUGCAGUUGUGAUUUACAGCAGGGGAAAUUAAGCGUUAAAAUGAGACUAUCCAAUAAAAAUCCUACUGGGCAGUCAGGGACCAGGAUGUGUGACAAGAGGCUGACAUCCACUAAUUGAUAUUCUGUUCCUUUUGAAGAAGUAAAUGAGUAAAGUUACCUGACGGAUUUAAGGAAUUUAUAAAUAAAUUAGUAUAUAUUUGACAUGUUACCCUAGUUUUAGUGGCCAUCUCAACUAUAUAAACAGCUUUAGGUUAAAAGGUUGAAACAUCUUUUCUCUGAAGAUUUCACAGAUGUUAAAAAAUGGCACUUUAAUCUGCCAUGUCAUGCCUGGGCCUUUUGUUCAAGAAAAAACAGUUUAAUAUUGUCUGUUGGCCUUAGGUUUAAAUACUCUCAAUAACUAUGUUUUGAAUGUACGCCGUAGCUGACUUUACCAUUAGUGUGGACAUUUACAUGCAUUAAAAUGUAGCAGGCGGCACUGAAUUACAGCGAAGAACCUCUCUGAAAAGACGGUGAGGUACUUUAGUCCUACAAUAAAGGACACCAUGUAUGUGUCAGAAGAUUUUUAGAAUAGAAACAUUGAUAUGAAAAUGCACAUUAUUGUAACAAUAUUUUGACGAUUUUGCCUCACUGCUUAUAAGCAAGUAUUGGUACAGCAUAAUGUACAUAAAGAGAUUAACCUAGUGUUACAGUAUUUUUAGAGGUCUUAUUACUAUGAAAUCUAAUAUAUAAUGUACUUCUAUGAGUGUCACAAACUUUGAUGACUGUGAGUGCAGGUUAGUUGUAAUACUUCACGUUUAGGUACGACAAUCGAUGUUUGUAUUGUUUCUUGUACAUUUUAUGAGAUUAUUUCCCUUUGGUGGAACAUUUUCACACACUCAGAUCAGGACAGAAACAGCACAUUAUAUACUCCCACAUACAUAUACUGUAUUUGUGUGUGUGGUAUAGCAAAUAAUGCAGCAUAUUCCAUAUUCAUAUAUACCUGCUGCUCCUCUGUCCUAAUAUGAAAAUUAGGAAAUCACAACAAUUUAGACUCAAAUCAGAUAAUACGAUGAAUUCAAAACUACAUGUUCCACCAAAGGGAUCUGGGCAAUUUAUUUGUCUUUUUUUCAAAUGGCUGGAUAAUUAUUAUAAAUGUCUACUUGACAAUACUUUUUACUGUUUGUAAAUGUUAAAUAAUAACAUAGUUUUACAAUAAUGAAUGUCUGACACAGACUAGUUUUGUGGUGUUUUUGAUAUUUAAAAAAACAAUACAUAAUGUAAGCCUACUUGUGAAUUAUUGUAACAGAAUGAAUGCAUAUUUGUCAGUUUGUUUAGUGGAAUACGAAGGCCGUAAUGUGAGACUAGAACUCUUGUUUGUUAUGAAUUUGAUUCAAGUUGUGUCUAAAAAUCUUUUCAUCACUAAGAUUUUCCUUAAUUUCAGUAUGAUGAUUCAUGACACACUCAACCUUAUUUCAUGCAAGGGAACACAUGGAAAAUGAGGCUCCCGUUUACAGGUUUAAAUUAAGUAAAAAAUGUUUUAAAGAAUGGCUAGAGUAUUCAAAUGUGUUCAUGUUCUUGUGCUAAAUUUCUUAGGACAUUUCAGUGUACAAUGUAGAUAGUUUCUUAUCAAAAUAGAGAAGAAAUACCACUUAAUUUAAAUGUCAUCUGUUAUUCAUACUUUCUCUUUUAGCUACAGCUAAAAGUGUAGUUACACUUAAACAUAUUUGAUCAGAUCUGUCAUGCCAGGAGUUUUGAUACCAGGUCCCAUCAAUGCAUCUUAAUGGGUGACGGAUGCUGUUUAAAUGUCAGUGAUAGUGAUAAUUAUCCUAUAAAUGCCCAAAAUAUAAAAGCACAGAAGAUACAUUUUAGCACUUGUAGGUAGCUUGUUACAAUACUUACUGCUUGUCCAGAAAACUUGUGCUAGUGCUAAAAUGAUUAGUCAAGUAAUCGUUUAAUUAACUGAUUAAAUGUUGAUCAACUAAUUAAUGAAUUGUUUGAGUCUUUGAUCAAGCAAAAAUACCAAACACUCACUAGUUACAGCUCCUCAAAUGUGAAGAUCUGCUGCUUUUCUCUUUGGAAUAGCUAGAUGAGCAAAACAGCCACCAUGCCACCUUUGGGAAAUCACCGUUUUCUGCCAUUUUCUGGACUGACCUAUUAAUCAAUUGGAAAAGUAAUUGACAGAUGAAUCGAUGAUGAAAAUAAUUGUUUGUUCCCUUCUCUUACUUUUGCAUUUGUUUUUUGCAUUUUCUGAGGUAGAAACUGCAUAUCCUCACUAUCUUCAUCCUUGUUAAACAUCCUCAAACAACCUCAACCAUCAUCAGUAACUAAUUGUGUUUUGCUGGGAGAUGACUUACGCAGUUUGUGAUGCUAACAUGUUCUUUCACUCAGCUGUUGGGAGUCUCUGCUGUUAACUCUUGUAUUCAAAUCCAGUAAUAAUCUCAAUAUGCUUGUCAUGGCUACGGAGAGACACAACAGCACCAAACCAAACAGUUGAACACUCCAGUUACUUGUUGUGGUUUCACAGCACUCAAAGAAUGUUCUGUUUAUUCUGCUGUGAUGUUUGGAGAUAGAAGAUAUUUUAGAGUUAAAAAUGUAUUGCUUAGAGGUCGUGUUGGAUCAUAGAAGACUGUUGUAUCUUGAGUCCAAUAAAAAACUGUGCAAUAACAA